AUGUCCAACAAAUCUACGAUUUUGCCACUCUCACUACUUCUCUCACUAACUCUCUUCUCUUUACUCUGUCUCCAUCAGUUCCCUGUCGAGGCUUUGAAGGAUGAUGUUUCAGGAGAUCAGCCCUUGGUGACGAGAGAUCAAAGGAGGACUCUUGUUGUUGGUGAAGAUGGAGAAAUCUCAGCCGUUGAUAUCACCGUCGAGAACAGAGGACCCUAUCAUCUACAGUUCAUCACAUUGGCCCCUAACUCAUUGCUUCUUCCUAUACUUCUUCAUGCAGAUAUGGUCUUCUAUGUUCACACAGGAACUGGAAGGUUGAGUUGGGCAGACAACAAUGAAAUAAAGACAGUGCACUUGAGAAGAGGAGAUGUACAUAGGCUGCCACCAGGGUCUGUUUUCUAUGUAGAGAGCAACUUGGAGACGGAGCGAGCGAAGCUUAGAAUCCAUGCCAUCUUUUCCAAUACAGAGGAGGGAACAUAUGAUGCUUCUAUUGGGGCAUUCUCCAGCAUAAGCGACCUGGUUCUUGGAUUCGACACCAAAGUACUUCAAGCAGCGUUCAAGGCUUCUGAAGAAGUUUUAGCGGAAAUAACAAGCGCGACAAGGCCACCGGCUAUAGUACAUGCUAUGCCAAGGAAGAAAAAGACAAAGACGUUCUGGGAGUCGGAAGCUCGAUUGAUGUUAAGACCCUUCUUAGGCGGUCGAGGUGGUAUGCCAUAUAUGGUUAAUGGCAAAAAGAAGAAAAGCAAAACAUUCAACAUUUUUGAUGCUGAAAAAGAUGUUGAAAACUGUAAUGGGUGGAGCCUUACGGUAAACAGGAAAGAUUUGCAUACACUGGAAGGCUCUAACAUUGGCAUUUUCAUGGUGAAUUUAACAAAUGGAUCAAUGAUGGGGCCGCACUGGAAUCCAAUGGCUACAGAGGUGGCAAUAGUUCUCCAAGGACAAGGGAUGAUUAGGGUUGUUUGUUCAAGCAUUGCAAUGGAAUUAGGGUGCAAAAAUAUGAGGUUUAGGGUCAAGGAAGGAGAUGUCUUUGCGAUACCGAGGUUCCAUCCGAUGGCUCAGAUAUCUUUUAACAAUGAUUCACUUGUUUUCAUGGGGUUCAGCACCUCAAGAUGGACAAACUAUCCUCAAUUUCUAGCAGGGAAGAGUUCGGUCCUACGAACUUUGGACGAAGAGGUCUUGGCUGUGUCUUUCAAUGUCAGCAACACGACAAUCCAUAAGCUUUUGGCUCAGCAAAAUGAAUCAAUCAUACUAGAUUGUACGUCGUGCGCAGAGGAAGAGCAGAGGAUAAUGGAGGAACAAGAAGCAGCCAGGAAGAGGGAGGAAGAGGAAGAAAGGAAAAGAGAAGAAGAGAAGGAGAGAGAGGAGGAGGAGGAGAGGAAGAGGGAGGAAGAACAGGAGAGGAAAAGGGAAGAAAAAGAGGAAAGAAAGAGAGAAGAAGAGGAGAGGAAGAGGGAGGAAGAGGAAGAAGAGAGGAAGAGGGAGGAAGAGGAGGAAAAGAGGAAGAGGGAGGAAGAAGAGGCCAGGAGACAAGAAGAAGAAAGGGAGAGGAAAGAAAGGGAAGAAGAGGAGGAAAGAAAGAGAGAGGAGGAGGAAGCCAAGAAAAGAGAGGAAGAGGAGAGGCAACGUGAGGAAGAGAAAAGACGUGAAGAAGAAGAAGAAAAGGAAAGGAGGGAGAGAGAAAAACAGGAAGAGGAAAAGAGAAGAAAAGAGGAAAAACAAAAACGAGAAGAAGCUGCAAGGAGGGAGCAAGAAGAAGCAAGGAGCCAAGCAAAAGAAAGACAAAGAAGACAGAGAGAAGCCGAAGAAGAAGCUAAGCGAGAGAGGGAGAGAGAAGCCAAAGAAGCAGCUAAGCGCAGGAGGGGGUGUGAACAGCGAGGAGAUUGCCCAGAAAAACAACCUGAGCCAGAGCCGGAGAAUACCAAAAAGGCCACAAGCAUCAUCUAACAUGGAAAGAGCAAUGGAAUGAAGAGGGUGGUGGUGAUGACAAUGGAAAUAAACAAGAGUUUUAAUAAGAUCACGAGGUUUUUUUUUUUUGCUUUUAUCAGAGUUUUGGACGUGGAUCUUAAUAAGAAAUCCUCUCAUGCGUGCGUCUGGUACCAAUGUUCAA